UUCGGUGUUAGUCAACAUUAGUUAGUGUUGUUAAAUGUAUCGUUGUUUAGAUCUCGCUAAUAUUUCGUCUAAUUAGAUUAUAUUAAUCUAUAGAUUCAUUAAAUUUUAAUAUUUAAUCGCUAAUAAGAAAAAAUGAAUAUCGUAAAAACAAAGAAAUAUAUGGCGUUAAUAAUGGCGCAAUAUUUCAUUUUCUUUUUCGAUAUUUCCGUUAAUUCUUUUGGAAAUUUCACCAGGAAAUAUGUAGUCAAUUUACUAUUUCUUUAUACCAUCCAAGAUUUUUGUCUUGUUAUUGCAAUUACUGUACUUCUCGUUAACAUUCUUUCUACAUACAUUUUUCAGGCAGGGUUAUUUCAUUUGUUGUAUAUUCGAUUUGGUAUGACAUUAAUUGUCAGUACUUUAUACUUGUUGUUAAGUUUUACUUUGCAUACAUGGCAUAUCAUGCUAUAUUGGUCCAAUCCAUUAUGGAAUGAUUGGACAAAAGGAUUCCAUGCCACAUUUGUUAUACAUAGAAUAGUUGCAGUUUUUUAUUAUUACUUCUAUAAGAAAGCAGUUAUAAAAGUUGCGGACCAAAAAUUGUAUGAAGAAGUCGAUUGGGCAGAAAAACAUUUAACUCUUAUAUGAAUAUUUAUUUUCUCUUAAGGGAAAAUUUUUUCAUUUGAAGGAACUUUGUAUUUGUAUAAAAUACAUAUACG